GUCGCCCAAGAGGGACGUGAAUAUUAUAACCGGACGUACAUGUGCACGAAACUCGAGUUAUUUACUUUGGUUUUUAAAGUAAACUCGUCAAGAAAAAGCUGCAUGCUGAAGCUUUGACGAGGUAGAUUUUCGCUCACAAGAUGGAAGGACACUUAGCGUUCAUUUUGCCGUGGGCGACAGCGGUGAUCCUGUGAGGAUACAUCUGAACAUCUGCCAUCUCUUAUUUAAACAGGAGAUCCUUAAAUUGCGGACAGUAGCCAUGGUUUUAUUUGGAAUAAUAUCAGAAUUACGCAGUAGAAGUUGGGAAAUUAGCUGCCACUAACAGCGGUUAAAUAAGCGAAAAAGACAAAUAUCAAGCUACGAAGAACCAGCGAUCUGGUAUUUUUAAUUUGACUUACGAUCGAGAUAUUGAACGCCAAGUGAAGAUCAAAACCUGUGUGGUCCGUAUUCUCACGCGAAUUUCUACGGUGCCAAAGAGGCGAUUUUUUGAUCGAUGCUAGAGUGGGAUGCCGAGAGAUUACUGCCGUCAAAACAGAGAACCUGCCGCUGACAGGUUAUGGUGAACGACACAGAACGUAUACACAACGCGAGCAGUAAUGUGUUGUUAACGAGUGGAAACAGUACCUCAAGUCCAAGUCGAGUUCCUUCGAGUUUCAUGCCAUUUUCAACAGCAUGUGUGAUACCUUUUGGUUUGCUAUUUAUUUUAAUGUGCUUGGUCAGUAUAUUGGGAAAUUCGAUCGUUUGCUACAUCGUUUAUCAAAAACCCGCCAUGCGAUCAGCCAUAAACAUUUUAUUGGCGACAUUAGCGAUGGCCGAUGUGCUCACAGCAUCGAUGUGUAUGCCUUUUGCUAUCGUAUCCUUGAUUGCUCAGAGAUGGGUUUUUGGCGAUAUAUUUUGUCAAAUAAAUGCCGUUUUGUUUAGCUUCUUGGUGACAGAAGGGACCUUCGUAUUGUUGACGAUAUCAGUGGACCGUUUCAUGAUAAUUGUCCAACGCAAAGACACACUCACACCUCGAAAGGCGAAAAUGUACAUUGUUAUCUCUUGGAUUUUGGCAGUUGUGGUUGUUUUACCUCCCGUUUUCGGUUGGGGUAAAUAUGGUUAUGAGGUGGGUCAAAUUCAGUGCUCGCUGGAAUGGCCUAGCCGAAGCGCCAUUGAUUUAUCAUACGGCCUGUUUUUUUUUAUCACAACAUUUUCAAUUCCGCUACUUGUAAUGACAUAUUGCUUCGGGUCUAUUUUAAGAACCGUUCGAAGGAACUCGACACGCAUUCAAAAUCACCCACCCGUACCUGGUGGGGUGAUGACUAAAAUGCACCGACCAGGCAAGAUGAACAUCGACUACAGUUUCAAGACAAGGGCUUUCACCACUAUAUUAAUCCUAUUUAUUCUCUUCGUAAUCUGCGGUUUUCCUUUCACUGUGAUCCGCUUUCAUUUGCUUUUUAAAGGAUAUGAGAAGUCAUUGUCUUACACAGCCGAUCUGGUGGUCGUAUUAAUUGCCUACUUAAACUCAACCCUGAAGCCCAUAAUUUAUUACAUUCGCAUCAGUAAAUUUCGAGAAGCUUGCUUGGAUAUUAUGCCUUCUUGGUGUCACGUUCCACACUGUUUACCAGGACGGACGAUGAGGCGCAUACGACCACAUGUAGUUUAUGAAGUGGACAAAAAAUUUGCAACAUCAGUGCUUUAACAGCACUUAGUUCACAAAGGUAUAUUUAAGAUGUUUUAGGACAACUCACAGCAAUGCUUACAUUUUUACAAUAGAUAGAGGCAGGUUGAGUUUCAAUAUACUGAACCUAAGAAUAUAUUUAUAAAGAGUAAUUAUUUUAUGGUAAUGUGGUUGUAAAUUUAAAACGUCAUACAGAUCACACUCUUAAUGAGCCAUUUACUUCAUUUAAGUCCUUCCAUUUGGUUUUGUUUUUGCUAUGGAUUUCAAAUGCCCAUGAUUUCAACAUAGUACCAAAGCUUCUAUGACAACCAGCAGUUUUUUACUAUUUUCCUAUUUUUCACCACUAAGAAUAGAUGAAUCUUCAGGGUGGCAUGUCCAUGAUAACUGAUUGAUAAUUCUGUACUCAAGACCUUAAGUUAAAAUUCUGAGUCAGAUUGGAUCAAAUCAGGACAUGUUAUUUAUAUUAAAAUCAGUUCUCUUUGCUAUAUGCUAGAUGCUUCCCACUAUUUACCUUUGAGAAUUUGGUUUUAAAUCAAUCAUGCUAUAUCUCCUAAUUAAUUUUUUCUUUUCUAAUCAACUUUCUGCCAAUCAAUUUACUGAUAUUGUAUAGGGAAAUUACUUAUUGGUUACCCCUGGGAGUGAGAGGAUGAAAUGAUGCUUCUAAGGACUAGAUAGCUGUGUUUAUUACAAGCAACAGAACCCAAUGUUUCUGUUAUCUUAUUGAGUUUUUCAAAUCUCACUGUCUCUAUAUUUGAUGUAUCGGUCUAAGAAUCCCUUGUUGAAUAUCCUGUUUUGGGUAUUUCUAAGAGUAUUACAGUCACCCAAUCUAAUACUUCAUUUGGUGUGCUUAGCAGUCAACCCUAUUUGGUUUACUAGAAAAAUUACAUAUUUAAGAUAUUUAAGUUUCAGACAUUAACAGACUUACCUAUCAAUAUUUUGCAAGUGGAACAUUGCAGAAAUGUGAACAGCCUCUGUCCUAUGAGAAUGGAUCUUACGUCAGUGAAUCAGUCAUUUUCAUCCCAACAAAUUGAAGUUGUUUGCUACAAGUUGUACUGUCCUGUCCCCCUCUGGAGGCCUCGAAUGUCAGUUUUACUAGAUUCAUUUUGUGGCUUUGGGAUCAAAAUAAUUUGUCUUUUAGCAUUUUGCCAAAGUCCACUUAGUGCAAUGAAUUAAAAUAGAUAUUAAAUUAAUAGAAUUGUAAAUUAUAUGUAAUAAUAGUAAUUAAGAUCUAAUGUUAUUAAUAAAGUCAGGGAAUACAGUGCAAGAACAGUUGUUGUUGAUUUCAUAGCAAAUUAAAACUGGUCAAAAAAAACUAAUUGAUAUUUUAACCUUGAAAGGAUUUAGAUAUCAUAGAGGAAUCCAACCUUUUAAGGAAAACAAACUGGCUUAAGAAGUAAAGUUUUUUGAAAACUCAAGUUUAGAAUAAGUGUUUGACAAAGAAAAGGAAAUCAGUCUAGGUUAGCAUAAUUACCAGGCUGAAUAAAGAAAUUGCCAGGUUGAAUGGUUUGUCAGUUAGUAAUUAAAACUCUGGAUCUGAUCUAA